ACUCGAUGCUCAUUUAAAUGUCAAAAAUUGAUAGACUCUGAAAAGUAACACUAACGGUAUUGUGUUUAUAUAUUACUUAUAAUGAAAUAAUGUACGAGUAAUAAUUAUUUGAAUCAAUAACAACUCUAUCGAAUAACUAUUCCGGUUGACAUUACGAAUUAUAUUCUUAACAAUGAUGCUUCAUAAAAUGAGUUCCAAAUUGUGUCGUUUAUGCGGCAAAGAAAAACAACAAGGUACAGAUGUAUUUAAAGAUAAAGUCAAAGGUGCUGUAUUAAUUUCGAUUAUUAAUAAAUAUUUCUCCAAAGAGGUUAUAAAUAUAUCGACUUCAGAUGUGUUCUCAAAGUACGUUUGCAUUGAUUGCGAACAAAAAAUUUGUAUAUUUGAUGAAUUUUGUUUAAUGGUUGCCAAUGUGCAAAAACAAUUAGCUGCACCUUCUUUAGAAAUUGACUUUGCCGAGGAUAUGUUGUGCCAUCUGAAAGAAAACGAUAGCGUUGAGAAAUCCUCAAUGAAUAAACAGGAUACAAGAAAAUCUAUAUGUCCUAUAUGUACGAAAAGUUUUAGAUGUCAAGCACAUUUAGAAAGACAUAAACGUAUACAUACAGGACAGAGACCUUUUAUUUGUACAAUUUGUAGAAUGUCCUUCAAUCAGCAAGAAAUACUUAUGAAACAUAUGGAAAGACACGAAGGGAAAAAACAAUUUCAGUGUGCUAAUUGUCAUCAAUCAUUUCGCUACAAAGUUUCUUUAAAUUCGCAUAUGAUCAAUUUUCAUAUGGAUAUGGAUCAGUCUGUCAUACACGGUCAUGUAAUGCCUAUCGAUAGUAAUUCUUUUACAUGUUCAGAAUGUGGUAAACAAUUUGUAACAAAGUACAAACUACAACGACAUUCCAGAUGUCAUACCGGUGAAAGACCAUAUCAUUGUACGUUUUGCACUAAAACAUUUUCGCAAACAGGGAAUCUAAAAGUACAUCAAGUCAAAUGUCAUCAGAUACCCGAGUCGUUAACAGAAAUAAGAGGACAACCACAGAAUAAUACUCAAGUUAUGAAUCGCGACAUGUCAGCGCCCUUAAAUAAUUUUCAUGCAGUAUACAUAUCGGAAAGUGAAAUACAAAAGACUAUAAACGAAACAAUUAAUUCGACAGAUCCAAGUACAUCCUAUCUCAAUAAAAUGUAUGAAAAUCCUCUUUAUAUAGAUGACGAAAUAGAAACCAUGCUGGAUCAUGAUCUUGGACAAUUGGAACAGAAUAAAUAUACUACGAGUUCGCAAGAUAAAGUAUCUCUUUGUUUAAAACAACCAGAGACUCCUGAAUUAUUGCAUAGUUUAUUGUACGACGAUUAAUAUGUAAUGGCAUUUAAUAUUAUCCUAAAAUCAUCUCUAUAUCAUUUCGAAUGUAAUGCAAUAAUAUACGAUAUUAGGUACAUAUGAAGUAAUGUACGACGUUAUAAAUAUAUCUAGCAAUGUACGAUAGUUAUUAAAAAAACGAAAAUGUACACAUACGAUGUGUAUCUUUCGAAGUAUAAUAUGUAAACGAUAGAUCAUAGAAAAAACUUGUUAACUUAGUUUUUGAUGGAAGUAUAUGGGAUAAGAGAUGAGAGGGGGAAAGCAAGGCACGAGUACGAUGAAAAGAUUAGGAUAGAUAGUAAAUCGCAAUAGUUGCAUAGAGGUGGAAGAGUUAGUGCAGGAUAGAGCGUUAUAGAGAAUUGCAUCAAACUAGUCUACGGACCGAUGACUCAGAUCAAUCAAAUUAUAAAAAGAAACUGUUCUUGUCUUGUUAUCUGUAUCUAUUAUACAUAUGUUAUUUUAUUUACACUUGUUAUGUAUUAUUGAAUAUUUAUUUGUUAUUUUAAAAUCUUGGACAAUACUAUUGGUAUAAGAAGCGAUCGACUGAUUUAAU